UCCCCCACUUUUCCCUCCCCUCGAGACCCACCCCACCCCAUGAACCUAAGUAGGCCACCCAAACUAGAUCAAGAUUUAGAUCUUUCCUCCCCUCAUUGAUGACUACACUUCCCAUUUUGGCUACACCAUGCCACCACCACCACCAUCAUCCCCCGCCGCCGCCUCCGCCGCCUCAUUCAUUUUUCUCAUAGCAGUGGUUCCGUUCUUGACCACCGUAGCGUCGUCCCAGAGCUGCUCAGCAGCGUUACCGGAAAGCAAAAUCUUGUGCCCACCAUUCACCUCUCCGCCGCCGUUUCCCUUCUCAUUCUCCGCCGGCUGCGGCCACCCUUCUUUCCAAGUUCACUGCUUGCCGUCCUCUGGGGCUACCAUUUACAUCAAUAAUCUAUCCCCCCCCCCCCCUCCCCCCAACCCCUCCCCAGCCCCUCGCCCCACCACCCCACUCCGUAACUGCACUUCAACCUCCAUUCUCUCCACCCUCAACAGAUCCAUUUCGUUUUCCGGGUCUCCUUUCCGGGUCUCCGAUUCUUCAUGCUCCCGCCUCUCCGUUCUCAGACCUUGCGCACCUCCAAAUCUUCCUAACUGCAGCCGCUGUUCUUGGGAAUGCAAGCUCAUCAAGAAUCCCCUCCACCUUAUACACGAAUGUCAGAUCCACUCCACUCGCCACCGCGAGGACUUUCAGCCUGAAUGCCAAGGGGAUGUUCUUGGAGUUCUUGAUAGCAUACUGAGAAUAGGAUUUGAAGUGGAGUGGGAUGAAGAUCAAGACCCUUAUUUUUCUAGCUGCAAAUCUUGCAGAGCCAGCAAUGGAUUCUGCGGGUUCAAUUCAUCCGACCCGAGGAAACCAUUCAUUUGUUUUCCAUCCGAAGCAAGAAUUCGACAGCAAAUCCCAAAUAGGAUUGCCAUUUUGUCUAUAACUUCUUUGUUCAUCUGUUUCUUGAUUGCUCUCUCCAUUGGUGUUGUCGUUUUCCGGUCCAAGAGAAGAGCUCUGCUGGAUGCAGAGGAAGACCCCACCAUUAUCUUCCUCCGGCGCCACCGCUCCGCCAGCCUACUUCCGCCGGUGUUCACCUACGAAGAGCUCGACGCAUCCACCAAUCGUUUCGACCCCAAACGCAAAAUUGGCGAUGGAGGAUUUGGUUCUGUCUAUUUAGGCCAGCUCCAGGACGGUCGACUGGUCGCCGUAAAACAUCUCCACAAGCACAAUUCAGCAGUAGCUGGUGGAGAAAAAGGGUUCUCAAAGAAAUCAUUUUGCAAUGAGAUCUUGAUAUUGUCAUCGAUUGACCAUCCGAAUUUGGUUAAGCUUCAUGGUUAUUGCAGUGAUCCUAGAGGCUUACUCUUGGUGUAUGAUUAUGUGCCCAAUGGUACUCUAGCUGAUCAUCUCCAUGGAAAGCAGAGCUUGUAUAGAAAAGGGGCCUUAACAUGGAACACAAGAGUCGAAAUCGCCCUCCAGACGGCAAUGGCGAUAGAGUACUUGCACUUCUCAGUAGUGCCGCCUGUAGUUCACAGAGACAUCACUUCAUCAAACAUUUUUGUCGAGAAAGACAUGAGAGUUAAAGUUGGUGAUUUCGGGCUAUCAAGACUCCUAGUAUGCUCCGAAACGACAAUGGCAUCGAGCAACCCAUCUGAGGGUGUGUGGACGGGGCCUCAAGGCACUCCAGGAUACUUGGAUCCUGAUUACUACAGGUCAUUCAGGCUUAACGAGAAGAGUGACAUUUACAGCUUCGGAGUCGUGUUAUUGGAGCUGAUCACGGGAAUGAGAGCCGUGGAUCAAACCAGGGAGAAAUGGGAAAUGACGUUGGCAGACAUGGUGGUGCCAAGAAUCCAAAUGGGAUUGUUGCACCAGGUGGUGGACCCUGUUUUAGUAGUAGAUGGGGAGGCAAUGGAGGGCGUGAGUGCCGUGGCAGAGCUUGCAUUCCGUUGCGUUGCAGCUGAUAAAGAUGAUCGACCGGAUGCCCGGGAGGUGGCGGCGGAGCUGAGGAUGAUAAAGGGCCGCGGCCGGGGCGGCGGAAGUGGGAUGUUGAGGGGCUCAAAUUCUAGCAACGUGGUGGUUCCUGAUGGGGUUGGAGGGCUAAUGGUUUGAAUGAGAAAGUGGGGUUGGUUUAAUUUAAUUGGUUGGUCAAUAGGGCGCACACAUGUGGGGGCUUUUGACUGGGAAAAGCUGUCAGAUGUUUUUCUUUGGUUUUGGAUGAAUCGAAUGUUAAUACAUGAAAUUGCUGCUAGGUUUUCUACUACUUUGUUUUCCAAUUUCACCGUGACAUAUUAAUCUUUAGGUUCUUUCACAAUUGCAAAUUUACUUUUAA